AUGGCAGGAAACCCCGUCUCCAGUAAUGGUCUCUUCGUUCGCAACAACACCAUUGCCCCAGAGCACCCCAGUUUGAUGAGCAUGUUCUCCCUGAAGGGAAAGACUGCUAUUGUGACUGGGGCUGGCGCUGGAAUCGGGCUAGCCGUUGCUCACGGUCUGGCAGAGGCCGGUGCCAACGUGGCAAUGUGGUACAGAAGCAAUGCAAAAUGCCCUGAACGAGCGACUGAGAUUGCAAAGAAGUACGGCGUUGAGACCAAGGCUUACCAAGUCGAGGUCACCGACGCAAAGGCCGUCGAGAAAGCCGUGAACGACGUCGUUAUGGACUUCAACGGUCGCCUGGACGUGUUCAUUGCCAACGCCGGUGUCCCUUGGACCAAGGGUCCAAUGGUUGAUGGCCCACUUGAACAUUACCGUGAUGCUGUCGGUAUUGAUCUCGACGGCACUUUCUACUGCGCCAAGGCCGCUGCUGAUCACUGGCGCCGUCAAAAAGAAGAGGGCACCGACGCCAAUGGAAACAAACUCACUAAUUUCACAUACGGAAGUUUCGUUGCUACUGCUUCUAUGAGUGGUCAUAUUGUCAAUUUCCCCCAAAUGCAAGCUGCCUACAAUGCUGCAAAGUCCGCUGUGGUCCAUCUUUGCAAGUCUCUGUCGGUUGAAUGGGUUCGCUUUGCCCGUGCCAACACUGUGUCUCCGGGAUACAUCGCCACCGAAAUCUCCAGCUUCGUCCCCGAAGAGACUAAAAACAUCUGGCGUGACAAGAUCCCCAUGGGCCGCGAAGGACAGGCUCAUGAAUUGAAGGGUGCCUAUCUCUAUUUAGCCUCUGAUGCCUCGACUUAUACAACUGGGGCCGAUCUUAUUGUCGACGGUGGCUACUGUGCGCCGUAG